UGAUAAUCAUCACCACCAUGUCCUUGUGCUGGCUUUAUAUGUUCUUUUUUUUCUUCUAAAUAUUCCAUGUUUUCUCAAUUCACUAUAUAAAUCACACUUCCAAUUCUCAUUUCUAGUUUGGCUUUUUCAAUCCCUUCUUUUACUAAAAAUGGCACAUUUACCUCCAAGAGCGCCAAACAUGACCCAAAAUUGGCCUGAUUUUUCACCACAUCAAAAAAUAGAAACCACCACUAUCACUACUGUCAAUCAUCAUCAUCAUAACCCUUCAUGGGUAGACGAAUUCCUCGACUUCUCAUCCGCGAAACGAGGGUCUCAUCGGAGAUCCAUUAGCGAUUCCAUCGCAUUUCUCGAAACCCCAAUGGUUGAAGAAUGCCGAAUUAGGCUAUCAAGUUCGGGAACUCGGACAACGGACACUGAAUUCGAGAGAUUCGACGAUGAACAACUUAUGUCUAUGUUUAAUGACGACAUUACAAAUAAUAAUUCUGUAGAACAUAACUCCAAUCCUUCGUCACCUUCGGACCAUAACAGUAUAAAUCAUGAAGAAAAGAAAAUGAAUGUGUCUCAUGAGCACCGGGAGCAGCAGCUUAAGAUUGAACCUGAAGAAGUUGAAAGUUCAUGCAAGUCCGAUAAUGAACAAUCUGCUGCUGAUCAUGCUGAUAAUUCUAGCGAAAAAAUCGUCGAUCCUAAGAGAAUUAAAAGGAUCUUGGCAAACAGACAAUCAGCACAAAGGUCACGGGUGAGAAAAUUACAGUAUAUAUCAGAGCUAGAACGUAGCGUUACUACACUUCAAGCUGAAGUUUCAGUAUUGUCACCAAGAGUUGCAUUUUUGGACCACCAACGUCUGGCGUUAAAUGUUGACAAUAGUGUCCUCAAGCAAAGAAUUGCAGCUCUUGCCCAAGAUAAAAUAUUUAAAGAUGCUCAUCAAGAAGCAUUGAAGAGAGAAAUAGAGAGGCUAAGGGAAAUAUAUUACCAACAGAACUUAAAGAAGAUGGAAAAUGAUGAUGAUGAUCACCCAAUAAAGACACAACAAGAUGAUAAUGGCUCUGAGAAGAAAGAACAGAUUGUCAACUGAUUCUUCAGCUAUAGGAAUGUAGGUUGAGGAGAAGCACUAAGCAGAUUCAUGUGGUGUUUGGACCUACCAAGAAAGUUUCUUAUUAUGGAGGGGACAAGAUAAGGUCACUUGAAUUCCUGCAUUUAACUCUCAAUUUCUAGGGGACCAUAUAAACAACUUACUUUGUUUUUCUGCUUAGGGAUGAGUGUGUUUAUUAUUUUUAUUAUUUUUCAAUCAUUAAUUUCUCUAUAUAUUUUUUUAAAAAAUAAUUCUAUCAACUACUUUCAAAAAAAUUUAUUGUUGGAAGGGGCAUGUGGAGUUCUUAUAUUGGGGAUUGUGACUUGUCAGUUUAGUUGUUUGAUGUCAGGGUUAUGGCACUUUCUUUUUUAUCAGUGUCUUUUGUUGUGAAUGGUUUUUAUUCAUUUUUUUUAAUCUUGUUAUUAUGUAUUAUUUUACUCUCUCUCAAGAGAGUAAUAAAAUUGGUAAAUGUAAAUAUUUCUUUCAUUUUAUUUUUAUUGAAUCUUAAUUUCUAAUUAGUGAGAGUCGGUUCUAUUUA